AUGUCCUCGGAGCAUGAGGUGCACACCUCAGACUAUACUAGCACGGACGACGAUGACUUUCGGCACCCUCUGGUAGAGAUUCCGGCACCCAUACCUUUUGCCUAUGAGCCCAUUGAUGGCGACCCUGCUGAGUACCUCCCUAUUGUUGCGAUUCCGGCACCGAUUCCUCUUGCUGCUUACCCUGCUUAUGAGCUUAUGCCAGACGCCGAUGCCGACGGCGACAUCGAGCUUUACGAGGACGAGCCAUUUGAGGACGAGGAUCCUGACGUAGCUCCUCUCCCUGCUGGGUUUUGUGCUGGGUCAUCUAGUUUUUCACCUCCAAAUAAAUUUAAAGUUCCUGAUUUGAAUAUCUAUACUGAUGAAGAAAAUUAUGAUGUUUUAAACGAUUACCAGCCAAAUCCCGAUAAUUCAUUUGAAAAGUGUUUGCCAUCUUCAACAAUUACUUUUGAAGCAGGGCAGGUAUUUAAUAACAAAGAAGAAAUGAAACUUGAGUUGCAAAAAAAAUGUUUGUUAGAACGCUUUGAGUUUAAAGUAGAUAGAUCUUCUAAAACUCGGUACGAAGUGUCAUGUUUGGUGGACGGUUGCGUUUGGCGUUUUCGUGCAUACAGUUUUGGGGAUAGUGGGUUGUUUUUUGUUAAAAGUUUUAACGAUAAACACACGUGCUCGAAGACACUAACGUACCCACAUCUUCGUCAGGCAAACCCAAAGGUUGUGGCUCACUAUUUAAAAGAACCUUUAAAAGACAGUGGUAGAAUAUAUCGUUGUAAUGAAAUAGUGAAAGGUUUUAGACAAAGAUUCCAAGUUGAGAUAACCACUAGUCAAGCUUGGCGUGGAAAAAGUCUGGCACUAGAGCUUUUACAAGGAACAAGCAGAGAUUCGUUUGUAGAACUACCAUUUUACUGUUACAAUAUAGAGCGGGCAAAUCCUGGUUCUGUCACUCAUAUCAAGACUGAUGACGAGCGUCGGUUUAAAAUGGUCUUUGUCGCGAUUGGUGCUGCGAUUCGUACCUUUUUCUGUAAUCUAAGACUGGUGGUGAUCAUUGAUGCUGCACACCUAAAGGGUGAAUUUAAAGGGACGUUAUUUUUAGCAGUCGGGAUGGAUGGAAACAACCAAAUUUUACCAAUUUCCUACGGAAUAGGAAAAUCAGAGGAUGGUGAAUCUUGGACAUGGUUUCUGUCAAAGCUUAAAGAAUGUAUCGGUGAAAUACCUAACAUGGCGAUAAUAUCGGAUAGAGCGAAUUCUAUACACCUAGCUGUUAGAAACGUCUUUCCACAUGCUUAUCAUGGGUUAUGCUGUCGUCAUUUAAUGAUGAACCUACCGUUACCCUCUGACAAAAAAAAAUGA